GCCGCGAUCGAUCGGAGCGGACGAUCGUCGUUGUCGCGUUGUCGUCGUCUCGUUCGACGCAACUCCACGGCGCACGUGCGCACACAGUGAUAACUCGUGUGCACGUACAUGUGCGCAUACUUGUGAUUGAUUCGCCGCCGGUGUAUCUCGCCGAUCUACAUAUGGUAUUUUGCGGGUUACCGCGCGAGAUACGCAGCCACAAAUCGAACGGAGAUUGUCCAGGAUAUCAGGAUUAAAGCUCGCCUUCCUUCAUCAACGCAUCAUGGAGCUGGGUGACAGAGUUUAUGCCGCGGAGCGGAUUACGAAAAAGAGGGAAAAGCGGGGGAAGGUUGAAUACUUUGUAAAAUGGAAAGGCUGGAGCAAAAAAUACAACACAUGGGAGCCAGAAGAAAAUAUCUUGGACAUCAGAUUAAUCGAACUGUACGAGGAGAGUCAAAAAGGCGGAGAAGUGAUGUCCACCAGAAGGCCGAGGCGAAGGGAUACUCGAUACAACGUAAGGACAAUCAAUGAACAAUUGUCUAAUCUUGUUGUGGAUGAGGAGCCUGGCGGAGACGAAAGGGUAGGCGAAGAUAGUCAGGAUGAAUCGACGACGGGCAGCACUUCAGCGUCUCGUUUAAAUUCAGUAGUUCCUGACGAGGAUACCCUCCCAAGUUCCUUGGACGGUCAUGAAUCUCCGACACCGCCAGAGUUGGCAUCGACCUUUAGUGUCGAUUCUGACAGUUCAAAUAGCAGUAUGGACAUCCCUCUAUUACCUAGAAAAGAACGUAUGAAAAGGAAGGCGGAGGUCCUUAGCCGAUCUGGCAAGAUAGGUGUGACAAUUACGAGCAGUCCCAGUAGUGGCGGUGGUAGCCCGCCUCCGAGCAAAGUUCCUCGGUUAUUGCCUUUGAAAAACACCCCCACAAAUCCGUCUUAUCACAGUCACAAGGCUAACGGUCAAAAUCAAAGGAGGCCGUCAUCUUCCAGCGUGAAGUCGACACCGGAGGAACCUCUGCCGGCAAUGCCGACGACGCCGGCGCCGGCAAUACAAGACAAGAAGCGUCCCGAGGCUGAUGUACCUCAUGGUCCACCGCCCUCUCUUCCGCGUGCACCGCCGGCACCGUUGUCUCCUCAAAUAGAUACGCCUUUGGAGCAAGUCGCGACGAAGAAGAAACAAUUGUCGGAACAGAAGCAGGACAAAUCGAACGGUGCAGUCGCUCCUGACAAAGCAAACGGUCAUAAAUCACCCAGCCCCACAGAUUCUUACACUAAUAACAAUAGGUUACCCACUGUCGUGAACGGACACCACAGCCCUAACAACAAUAAUAACAACAACAACAAUAACAAUAGUAACAUCAACAAUAAUAACAACAAUAAUUCGAGCGUCAAGCAGACUGAAAUUCCGAAGUCAGAGAUUUGUCCACUCACGAAUCCCGGCACGGAUUAUUGGCACGCGAGGAACCCCGUAGCGGAUCAAGUGUUUAUCACAGACGUUACCGUUAAUCUGAAAACAGUUACCAUCAGGGAAUGCAAGACUGAAAAGGGUUUCUUUCGAGAGAGGGAUCCUAAAGAAACUCUUUGAGCUUCAAGAAUAAUAUUCAUUGUUCUUGAUGGUCCUGUAUCGGGGAUAUCCACUGUAAGUUGUAUUGAAUCACAAUGUAUAAAUAUAAAUUAUUUUUACUCAUCGCGGAUGUUAAGGCGAGGAUGUAAUCAUGAUACCAAGCAAGUUACUAUUUCUAGUAAUUGAUGAAAAGAUUAUAUAGUACUGCGAUAAAAAUUGCGAAAAUAGUCGAGCAUUGCACAAAGCUAUGUACUAAUGGUCUUUUAGACCACUGAUUGGAGUCCCAAGAACACCAAACAGAUUUUGAAAUCAAGAUUGAUCAGAGUUCACGAUAUGAGAAUCCGCGAAGUUUUUUAAACUGAAAAUUGAUCAUUGUGUCAAGACGCGAUUCUGUGUAAAUUGAUUGUAAAGAUUAGACAAUGUCGGUAUGAUAAGUUUAUUAUUGAUUAUACAUCAUACCUGCAAUCACGAUAUAUUUUAAAAAGCUUGGUAGAUUUUAAUUACACGCUGAAGAUCUGGAAAACAUUAGAGGAUACUACAUCUUCUAGAUGAUUUUAUUAUUUGCUUGUCUUAGGACGCUAAGAGAAUGCUAUAAAGUAAAAUCUUUAACUUUCAUUUUUACACUACGGGAUAUGUAUUAUAUAUAUAUGAGAUGUACCUAGAAAAAAAAGUAUUUUUCUAAUUCGUUUUUAGAAUAUUGAAACACUGCUUCAUGGCAGCAAUUGGGGGGGAGACGUUCCGAAUUAUUUUAAAAGAAAAAAAAAUAGUUUUCAACAAUAUUGUAUCCCAUUUUAUCGAUAAACUUUUGCUAUGUGCUGUGGGAAAUAGAGUAUCGCGAAAGAAAAAUGUGUAAAUUAAAUUUUGAAUAUACAUAAGAAAGUGUAUGAUCCAAGAAUUUUAAACGAUUACAAAAUAUCAUGUUUGAUUCAGAAGAAAAUACAGUUACGCACAGUAUUUCACUAUCAGUGAUGAUGCGUUUCUCAAAUUCAGUUCAAUUAACUCACGAUACUCGUUAGACGACAGAUGCAUUUCCGUACCGUCGAAUGCUUCGAUUUUAUGUUAUUCUUAUUUCGUGUAUAAUUAAGUAUUUUUAUUUAGUGUAGAACGUCCCGUGUAUAUCGAUUAACAAUUUCACGUGAUCAUUGCAUAUCUCUUAGUGAAUCUAUUUUAUUUGUAGAUUCAUCAAGUAUCACCAAAUAUAGACGCUACUUUUGACGACAAAGACGCGUCUCGAUCAUUGAAAUCAGUACAACAAUCUAAAUCUGAUCAUGUUCUCACUUACAUAUGCUACUCAAUAUACUGUUACCUCGUUUUAGCGAUGCUGUACAGUGUAUUUUGUGCGCCCUUUCACAGUUAUAGUCACAGUGAUAUGAAUUUUCCUCACUUUCCCAACUUCGUUUACAGUGCGUUACAUGAUACAUUCUUUCUCAUGGCAAAUGCUUCUGUUACACAGUAGAACUUAGAAUUGUUUUAUAAUUAUAUAAAUGAGGAUUUUAUUGAUUUGUGAAAAUAUUAAUAAAUCUGUGGCAUCUCUUGAUAAUGUUAUUUUAGCACUUUUAAAGAAACAGAGACAGAGGAGCAUAUUCUAAGGAAUUUAGAAUUUUUAUAAGUAAAAAUUUUAAAUGACUAUAUCUUCUGUCUUUGUUUGAGAGAUAAUUCGAAAAAUUCAAUGUUAUUAAAUAUAUUUCCACUAAACGAACGUUAUAACGUUAAAUUCGCUGAAAUUUGCUAGUAAUGAUAAUAAUUGCAAGAUUAGAAAUAUUAUAUAUGUAUAAACAAAACUGAAUGAUUUUCUAGAAUAAUUGAAUUUAGAUAUUAUUUCUUCAAUUAUUAAAUAAUAUUGUAUGAUUAUUAAAUUUCGCUCAUUUGUUUUUUAUAAAGCAGAUUCUAUUGCGGUAUAUUAUAGAAGCUACAUGAGAAAGAAUAAAGAAUCCCGAGCAAUAACCGAGUUUAAUUUGAAAAGGAUCGAGAGAGUUGAAGAUUAGUGAAAGGAUGUAUAAGAAUAAAGUAAUUUUCGUUGAUUUUUGUACUGAUAUAAUAGAAUAUUCUUCGGAGGAUAUCUUGUUUUUAAGCAAAAGUCAAUCAUCCAUAUAGUUUCACUUCUUUUUUUUAUUUAUUUUAUUGAACGAACAAACGAAUGAAAUAUUUGAUUUGUAAAUCCAUUUUCAUGUAUUUAGCAAUGGAAAUAUGAAUUUUGCGAAAUUACAUCGGUAUCAGUCCUUGCUUCGGGAUUCCCUGUCAUUCUCGUAUAUUUUAGAUACGUACAGCAUCAUUGAAGCGCAAUGCGGUUGUUGAUACAGCGGAAUGCGACAGCGAGAUAGGGAUCCCACUGUGGACAACGUUAUGUUAAAAAAAAAUCAAGGAUUAAAUACAUAUUAAAUGCGUAAUAAGAUUUAAUAUGUAUUUAAUAUGCAUAUAUACGUGUUAAAUUUAAAUAUAUAUGUUGCUUAUUUAUUGUAAUUGAGAAUUUUUAGGUUUCUCUACAUCCUUAAUGUAGUUUGUAAUUAGGCUGUAUAUGUGCAGUGUGUCUUGUUUGAGAGCGUGUUCGGUAUUUGGUGCGACGUUACUUCCUGUCUAACAGGAUUACCGCAUCAGACGUAUCCCUGUAUCCCGAUACGACUGUAUGUGGGAUACUAAGAGCCAACGAAGUUUUAGAGAAAUUUUUCAAAGACAAAAAUUCUGACUCUUUUCUUGGAAAAUAGACGAUAAAAAAUAGAUCUGUGUAUGCAUGUUUGUUCUUUUUCUUUUUUUUAAACGGGGCCAUUUGUGUAAGAUUAGAUUGACACAUUCGUUGCGAUUAUCAAUACGGAAAAGAUUGCGGUACACAUUUCAAUUGUUGUAUAAUGUAAACCAACUUGUAUAUACAUAUGAAAAGCGUUCCUGUAAAAAGAAAAAUUGUACAUAGCUGGACGAAACCUGUAUGUUUCGCCAUAGCGGGCGGAGCACGUAAAAAUGAUGGCUUAUAUAAAUCUUUGAAUUAUCAAUUGUACAUAGAUAAAGAGAAGCGGAAACCCCCUCCCCCCUUUAGUUGUGAACGUAAAAUUGCAACUAAUAGGUCUAUAGAGAAAGAGAGAGGAAUCCUUUUCUUAGCUUUAGAACUUCAAGAUAGACUGUGCGCGUACCUUCGAUAUUGUUUCUGUACUUAUAAAUAUAUUCAGACUACUUAUACGAUAAAGGGAAGAAAAGAGAAAAGGGAGAGAUUUAAAAAAAAAGACAUGAAACGAUAACGCAGUGACUACGCAGGCAUAUACGAUAACGUGAACCCCGGUAGUACCAAAUUCAACGGUAAUUUUAGUUCUGUCUGGUACAGAUUCCUUAUAUUUCAAUAAAAUCUCUACUUGAAGUCA